UUCAUCAACCCUGAACCGGAGUACCAGAGGGCUUUUAAUGACGAAUUGGAAGCUUUUCGCAAACGCAUCCGCGCUCGUGCUGAGGUCAAGGUCCAGGAGGCAGUGGAACGAUACGAAGAAGAGGAACGCAAGAAACGUCUCGGUCCCGGCGGUCUUGACCCACUCGAGGUUUUCGAAAGCUUAACCCCAGAAUUGCAAGAAUGUUUCAAAAAUCAGGACGUGGAACUGUUAAAAACCACCCUUUCCAAAAUGGAUCCGCAUGAGGCCGAGGCAGUAAUGAAGCUCUGCAUCGAUAGCGGACUCUGGGUUGAAAAUGCGAACGCUGCCCAUGGGGACGAGGAGGAGGCGGAGGCGGAGGAGGAGACGGCGGCUUCAAAGCAGACUGACGAGCAGCAGGCUGAAGAAAAGCCCGCGAGCGCCAAGGAAUAA